GAGCUUGCGGCCGCCUGAGUCGAGGUGGAUCAGCCAUAUUCCAGUCUGCAGCCACACCGGCAGCCGGGCUGCGACCCGCCCGAAAACACUUUAAUCUGCGAAAAGAGGCGAGUCCCGCGGCUCGGAGCGGCUUCGGCUGGUUUUUCUGUCCGUUCCGGAAGGUUCGGGUUCGGGUUAGCGGGGCGGAUCAUCCGAGCGGGCAGCAUGGAGGACCGGCGGCCAGCCUGAGAGUCGACGGUCUGAGCGACGUCCCGAUUCCUGAGAGGAAAGUCCAGAUUUAUCGGGAUUAGAGGCUCCGCGGUGCCCCGACACACCGAGACAUGACUGCCGGCUGACACACACUCACACACACUCACACACACUCACACACUCACACACAACCCGCGGACACACACUGAGAAACGCUGCGAUCAAAAUGUCGGGAUUAUUUUCCGGGCUGCUGGCGAGCUAAGGCGGCUAGCCGGAGUUAGCAGCAGGAGAGCCGAGCCGACACACCGACAGAGAGCCGCUCCUGCACCGGGAACACAGGGCCGCCCGGGCCUCCUCACUGCGGGAACAUGUCCGCCAAGGUCCGGCUGAAGCAGCUGGAGGAGCUGCUGCUGCAGCAGAAGCUGGCCGGGGCCCUGAGCGUGGAGACGCUGCUGGACCUGCUGCUCUGCCUCUACCAGGAGUGCAGCCACUCGCCCCUCAAGAGGGAGAAGCACGUCACCGACUUCCUGGAGUGGGUGAAGCCGUUCAGCACGUCGGUGAAGGAGAUGCGGCUGCACCGCGACGACUUCGAGAUGCUCAAGGUGAUUGGCCGAGGAGCGUUUGGAGAGGUUGCCGUGGUGAAGAUGAAGCACACAGAGAGAGUUUAUGCGAUGAAGAUCCUCAACAAGUGGGAGAUGCUGAAGAGAGCCGAGACGGCGUGUUUCCGUGAGGAGAGGAACGUCCUGGUGAACGGAGACAGUCAGUGGAUCACAACCCUGCACUACGCCUUCCAGGACGACAACUUCCUGUACUUGGUGAUGGAUUACUACGUGGGCGGUGACCUGCUGACUCUACUCAGUAAGUUUGAAGAUCGGCUUCCGGAGGACAUGGCCCGCUUCUACGUCGCUGAGAUGGUCCUGGCCGUCCACUCCAUCCACCAGCAGCACUACGUCCACAGGGACAUUAAACCAGACAACGUUCUGCUGGAUGUUAAUGGCCACAUCCGCCUGGCCGACUUCGGAUCCUGCCUGCGCAUGAUGGAGGAUGGCACGGUGCAGUCGUCGGUGGCGGUGGGCACGCCGGACUACAUUUCCCCAGAGAUCCUGCAGGCCAUGGAGGACGGGAUGGGCCGCUACGGGCCGGAGUGUGACUGGUGGUCUCUGGGCGUGUGCAUGUACGAGAUGCUGUACGGGGAAACACCUUUCUACGCCGAGUCGCUGGUGGAAACCUACGGCAAGAUCAUGAACCACGAGGAGCGUUUCCAGUUCCCCUCCCAUGUGACUGAUGUGUCUGAGGAGGCGAAGGAUCUGAUCCAGCGGCUGCUCUGCUCCAGGGAGCGGCGGCUCGGCGUCCACGGCCUCUCUGACUUUAAGAGCCACCCGUUCUUCAGCGGGAUCGACUGGGACCACAUUCGCUCCACCGAGGCUCCCUACAUCCCCGACGUGUCCUCGCCCUCCGACACCUCCAACUUCGACGUGGACGACGACGUCCUGAAGAACCCGGACAUCGGCCCCCCAGUGUCCCACACCGGCUUCACUGGGCAGCACCUGCCCUUCGUGGGCUUCACCUACACCACCGACAGCUGCUUCUCCGACCGAGGCUCGCUGAGCCGGGUGAUGGUCGGCCUGCAGGAGGGGGAGGAGGCAGGACGAGGAGGAGCAGGAGGAGGGCAGGAGGUGGAGGCCUUUGAGAGGAGGAUCCGCCGCCUGGAGCAGGAGAAACAGGAGCUGAACCGCAAACUGCAAGAGUCUACCCAGGCCCUGCAAGCUCCAGGCCGAGGAGGAACUCUGAGUCGAGACAAGGAGAUGAAGAAGCUGAACGAGGAGAUCGAGCGCCUGAAGAAGAAGCUGGCAGACUCUGAUAGGCUGGAGCACCAGCUGGAGGAGGCGGUGACACUGAGACAGGACUACGAAAGCUCCGCCUCCAAACUGAAAACCCUCGACAAGCAGGUGAAAACACUGAGACAGGAGAAGGACGACAUCCACAAGCAGCUGACAGACUCCCUGGAGCGUCUGAGGAGUCAGACCAAGGAGCUGAAGGAAGCGCACUCUCAGAGGAAGCUGGCCCUGCAGGAGUUCUCGGAGCUGUCGGAGCGCAUGGCCGAGCUGCGCUCCUCAAAGCAGCGCCUGUCCCGCCAGCUGCGGGACAAGGAGGAGGAGAUGGACACCCUCCUGCAGAAAAUGGACACCAUGCGGCAGGACAUCCGCAAGACUGAGAAGAACCGCAAGGAGCUGGAGGCUCAGCUGGAUGAUGCGAAGGCGGAGGCGUCAAAGGAGAAGAAGCUGAGAGAACACAGUGAGAUUUACUCCAAACAGCUGGAGGCGGAGCUGGAGAGCCUGAAGCUGAAACAGGGCAGUGGAGGAGCAGCAGGAGGCGCAGAGUCUCAGCAGGAGAUCAGCAGGAUGAAGACGGAGCUGGACAAGAAGGUCCUGUCCUACGAGGAGGAGCUGCUGAGGAGAGACGCCUCGCACUCCUCCGAGAUCAAGAACCUCCACAAGGAGCUGGCCGACUCCGAGGGCCAGCAGCUGUCGCUCAACAAGGAGCUGCUGCUGCUCAAGGACAAGCUGGACAAGACCAAGAGGGACAGACAAACAGAGAUGGACGAGGCGGUCGGAGCUCUGAAGGAGAAACACGAGCGAGAGAAGAACCUGCUGACGGAGGACAGCCGCAAGCUGACGGCCGAGAACGACAGGCUCUGCUCGUUUGUGGACAAACUGACGGCUCAGAACCGGCAGCUGGAGGACGACCUGCAGGACCUGUCCUCCAAGAAGGAGAGCGUCGCCCACUGGGAGGCUCAGAUAGCAGAGAUUAUCCAGUGGGUGAGUGAUGAGAAGGAUGCUCGGGGUUACCUUCAGGCUCUGGCCUCCAAGAUGACAGAAGAGCUGGAGACUCUGCGCAGCUCCAGCCUGGGCACCAGGCCUCUGGACCCCCUGUGGAAGGUGCGUCGCAGCCAGAAGCUGGACAUGUCGGCCCGCCUGGAGCUGCAGUCGGCGCUGGACGCUGAGAUCCGGGCCAAGCAGCUCGUGCAGGAGGAGCUGCGCAAGGUCAAGGCCACCAACAUCGCCUUUGAAAGUAAGCUGAAGGAGUCGGAGCUGAGGAGCAGGGAGAUGUCGGAGCAGCUGGACAGUCUGAGGAAGGAGUUGGAGGAGAGCCGCUCCCGUUCUGAUAAAGGUCUGAAGCUUCCAGACUUCCAGGACUCCAUCUUUGAAUAUUUCAACACGUCUCCUUUGGCCCACGACCUCACCUUCAGAACCAGCUCCAUCACUGACGUUGACUCCACCCCCCAGAAACCAGAGGCCACGCCCCCCUCCACCCCCUCCGACCAUGAACCAGUUAAACCAGUUUCAGUCCCAGCCAGCCCCUCCCCCGCCUACCACACCUCAGCACUGACCACACCAAAGCCCAAAGCUCACCAGCUGAGCAUCAAGACGUUCUCCAGUCCGACUCAGUGCACACACUGCACCUCGCUGAUGGUGGGACUCAUCCGACAGGGCUACGCCUGUGAAGUGUGCUCGUUUAUCUGCCAUGUGUCCUGUAAAGACCACGCCCCCCUGGUCUGUCCAAUCCCAGCAGAGCAGGCCAAGAGGCCUCUGGGAAUUGAUGUCCAGAGAGGCAUCGGCACCGCAUACAAAGGAUACGUGAGGAUCCCGAAGCCCAGCGGGGUGAAGAAGGGCUGGCAGAGGGCGUUUGCUGUGGUUUGUGACUGUAAGCUGUUCCUGUACGAGGUCCCAGAGGGCAAAUCCACCCAGCCGGGCGUGGUGGCCAGCCUGGUGCUGGACCUCAGGGAUGAGGAGUUCUCUGUCAGCUCGGUCUUGGCAUCAGAUGUGAUCCACGCUACCAGGAAGGACAUUCCUUGUAUCUUCAGGGUGACGUCUCUGCUGAGCUCGCCGCUGCGCUCGGUGUCUCUGCUGGUGUUGGCGGAGAGCGAGGCGGAGAAGAGGCGGUGGGUGGGCAUCCUGGAGGGUCUGCAGAACAUCCUGACCAAGAACCUGCUGAAGAACCGGCAGGUGCACGUUCUGCACGAGGCCUACGACUCCUCGCUUCCUGUGAUCAAGACCACGCUGUCCGCCGCCAUUCUGGAUCGGGAGCGGAUCGUCCUGGGAGCCGAGGAUGGCCUGUUUGUGGUGGAGGUGACCAGAGAUGUGAUCGUGCGAGCAGCAGACUGUAAGAAGGUCUAUCAGAUUGAGUUGAUUCCUAAGGAGAAGAUCGUGGCUCUGCUGUGUGGGAGGAACCGUCACGUGCACCUUCACGCCUGGGGGGCGCUAGAGGGCGCGGAGGCUGCCUUCGACAUCAAGCUGACAGAAACCAAAGGCUGCCAGGCGCUGACCACCGGGGUGCUGCGGCCCGGAGGCCCCGCCUGCCUGCUGGCCGCUGUCAAACGCCAGGUUCUGUGCUAUGAGAUCACGCGUUCUCGGCCUCACCAUAAGAAGCUGUGGGAGGUCCAGGCCCCGGGCACAGUCCAGUGGCUGGGCAUGGUGAGGGAGCGGCUGUGUGUGGGCUACCCGGCGGGCUUCGCCCUGCUGGCCCUGCAGGGCGAGUCGUCGCCCAUCAGCCUGGUGAGCCCGGCCGACCCGUCGCUGGCCUUCCUGGCCCAGCAGCCGCUGGACGCCCUGCACGCCCUGGAGGUGGGGAACUCGGAGCUGCUGCUGUGCUUCAGCCAGCUCGGCAUCUACGUCGACACCCAGGGACGCCGCUCCCGCACCCAGGAGCUGAUGUGGCCCGCCACGCCGCUCGCAUGCAGCUCUAACGCGUCCUACCUGACGGUCUACAGUGAAUAUGGAGUCGAUGUGUUUGACAUUCACACCACAGAGUGGGUUCAGACCAUCUCCCUGCGCAAGAUUCGACCUCUGAAUGUUGAAGGGACACUGAACCUGCUGAGUUCAGAGCUGCCUCGCCUGAUUUACUUCAGCAAUACUUCCUCAGAGGGAGAUCUCACCAUCCCAGAAACAUCAGAUAACAGUAAGAAGUUGAUGGUCCGAACCCGCAGCAAGAGGAAGUUCCUGUUCAAGGUUCCUGAGGAGGAGCGCUUGCAGCAGAGGAGGGAGAUGCUGAGGGAUCCGGAGCUGCGGUCCAAGAUGAUUUCCAACCCCACCAACUUCAACCACGUGGCUCACAUGGGACCAGGAGAUGGCAUGCAGGUCCUCAUGGACCUCCCGCUGACCAGUGAUGUCACCUCCCCCUCCCCCUCCUCCUCCCGCCACACCCUCAUCUCCCCCCCCUCCAACUUUGAGCAUGUGUAUCACAUGACGUGUGCGUCGGCGGGCGUGUUCCUGCAGAAAGACGCGUGCUCCUCCUCCUCCUCCUGCUGCUCCCAGCAGAGCCUCCUGCAGCCUUCUUCCUCCUCCUCCUCCUCCUCUCCCUCCACCUCCUCUCUGGGAAGGAGUGUGAUGCCCUCCUCUCAGGAUGACUCAGCUAAAGAUAAGCCCCGCCCACUGUCCAGUAUCUCCCGGCAACAGAAGAGCAAGACACACAUUACCCGUACCGCGUCAGAUUUCGGAGGAGGCUCGUCUCGCAGUGUGUCGGAGCCGGAGCAGGACCUGGACAGAGAGCCGGACUCGGACUCGACCAAACACUCGACUCCCUCCAACAGCUCUAACCCCAGCAGUCCUCCGAGCCCCAACUCCCCUCAUCGCAGCCAGCUCACCCUGGACGGCUUCGACCCUGACCCCUGACCCCUGACCCCCCGCCCUGACCCGUGACCCCGCCCCCACCCCCUGCCCUGACCCCUGACCCCUGCCCUCAGCGUGUGGGAGGAGCUAACAGGCUGAAGGCGGGAGGCUUUUGAUUUUACUUUGAUUUGAUUUUAUUUCCGAGUUUGACCCGGCGGCGCCUCUCAACUUCCUGCUGCUUUUAACCUGGAUUUUAUUCUGCUGGGUAACCAUGGCAACGCAGACGCUCUGUGCGGGAGCCCAAGCCCCGCCCCCAGCUGUCGUUUUAACUCUAGGUGUUUGUCAGAAAUAAGUUUAGCUGGUAAACAGUGAGGAGCACCGGGCCGCAUCGCGCUGUCAGCUGCAGGCCACCGGGGGGCGCCGCGAGCUCACGUGACCUCGCUGUGACCUCACAGUGAUGACCUCACCGUGACCUCGCUGUGACCUCUGGGUGACCUACAGGCUGACGGGCGGCUCUUCUGAAACACUGUAUUAAAUAUUAAAAUGUUAAACGUGCACAUUGUUGUAGUCCAAGGAAAAAGAAAUCCUCUUUGAUUUUGUGUCAGUGAUCUCUUCCUGUUGCACCCCCCCCCCCCCCCCACCCCCACCCCUCCCCGACCUCUGACCUCUGACCCUGGAUGGACUCCAGCUGAACAGGAACACUACUGCUUUUUUCUUCCAGAUCACCAGUUGAAAUCUUUGUAAUUAUUGAAAUGUUAGCAAGAAAACUUUGAACAGACAAUAAAAGAAUCUGUUGUGUCUCGCU